UUCCGCUGCCGGCACACGGCUGGAGAGUGCGACAGCCAGGCAAACGGGCUUUAAGGCCGAUAAAAACCAGGCGCGCGGCCCGGUCUAAGACAUCCCGAGAUGUGGCACAACAGAACCUCGGCACAGAAGGAGAAGAAGAAAACAGCUACCCGCGAAGACAAAGUGCUCUGCUGGUAGCUACGUAUGAGGAUUUGCGCCGAGAACCUCAAAAUGCUCACAGGAACACUCACAGGAAGGCGGACAGGAAGAGGACAGGGAGGACCUGAGGUGGCAUUCCUAGUUCACCAAAACCAGCACAGACCAGAAUGGGACCUGCUUAUAUGCAUCAAUGUCACGGUCAGAGACACUCUGGAAUUAGAUUGAAAGACACUGUUGUCGAUGAAAUAAUAAGUUUGCUGAGGUUAAAAUUGUAGCUCAUUAUCAAAGGGUGAUAAAUAUGGCAUAUAGAGUGAAUGUUCACUAUACAGCAGAAUAAAGCUUCGGUUCAGGAGGUUAAAAUGCCUCACUGAGGGGUAGCUGAUUGCAGCUGAGUAUUUCCCAAAUAUUCCCUUCCGGCAAGAGGUUCAGGUCUAUAAAGAUCAAAACCACUCGCCUACAGAACAUUUUCCCCCUAUGGCAGUUCGCCUCAUCAACAACCACUCACUUUGUCUGUUCCUCUGCUUCAGCUGAUCUAAUGGAAUAAAAUGAUCCUUUAUUUGCCAUUUGCACAAAUACACAUUAUCUGCACUAAGUACAUUUUAUCUCAUGUAUAUAAUUUCUUAUGUUGAUUGCCUUGUUUGUGCUUGCUUGUUUUUCCCGACACUCUAAAUCAAAUUCCUCAUACAUACUUGGCAGUAAACGAUUCAGACUGUAACUUUUCAGAGUCCGCGGGCCAGAAUGCACCUUUUAAUUCCCAUCCUCAGAAUAUCCUUCCUGACACAGACUCUGUGUCUCCCUUGUCACCAGAGUCCCUGCCACUGCUUGUGACUAAUCUUGGUUAAUGUCCCUGGCACCGCUCUCACCAAAGAGGCGUGGCAUCACUGUCUUUCGAUUGCUGCCAGACAGGAAGUAUCUACAGCACCGGAGUUUUCAGUCAUGUCAAGAAUGGCAUAGUCUGUCAUCAACACGUCGACACGUCCUGCGCUAUGUCUCAGGCGGAUUCCACAUUGGCUCGAAUCCUCCAGCAGUUGCUAAGAGCCAGAACAACAGGCCAGCAUUUAUAACGUGCUGAACUGUAAAGAGAUGGUGUUUUGUCGUCCCCCCCCCCUUUUCAAAAACUUUCCAGUGUGCUGAGCCAGAUUUCAAGAGCUUUUCAUGCAUAGAAAAUGAUCGUAUCCUAUCUACACUUAGUGACAAAAUCCUGUAUAUGACGGCAUUAGUUAGAUUCAAAGAAGCUUCUGGCAAGUUGAACUACUUUGCAUUACUUGUACGAUAUUUCUUCUGGUGUGUAUCACACAUAACAAGUGAUCUCUAAUAAAGUGUUCAACCACGGGUGUGAUCGGUACACAAAAGCGCCAGUUUCAUGCUGAUCAUUAAUAUCGCAAUGCAGACCGCUACAAGCCCAAAUAAAGUUUUACUAAGGGAUUGCCGCUUUUGAGAUAGUUGGGUAGUUGUCUGGCCAAGCAAAGAUGCCCUGUACACGUUUCAGUGCUUGCACCGACAGAGUAGCGGCGCGGGUGAAGGCACUGCCACUGCAGAGGGUGAACCACGAAGCGGCCGGGCUUCCCGUCCCCUCUUCCUGCCCAGCCUCUCUUCGGCUCUUCCUUCUUGCUCUUCUCCUGGAGCGCGAUCGCGGCUCGGUGCGCAGGCGUGAUGCGCCCUGGAAGCCAUGUUCGCUUCGCCGUGAGCCCCGGUCGUGAUUUCUCUCGCACCCUGGACCCCGUUUGUCCGUCCCGUCCAGUUUCUCGUCAGUCUCUCGCGCCUCUUUUUGCUCCUGGUUCGCCUUCGCUCUCCCCGCCGCCCGGGUCCGCGACGCCGGCGCCUCGCAUCUGCGCACCGACCGAGCGGCAGGAGCCCGGGAUCGGACCAUGAACCGCAGCCUGGACCUCUCCAGACGGAACCCGCAGGAGGAUUUCGAGCUCAUCCAGAGGAUCGGGAGCGGCACUUACGGCGAUGUCUACAAGGCCCGGAACGUCAGCACCGGCGAACUGGCCGCCAUUAAGGUCAUCAAGCUGGAACCGGGGGAGGACUUUGCAGUGGUGCAGCAGGAGAUCAUCAUGAUGAAGGAUUGCAAGCACUCCAACAUCGUGGCUUACUUCGGCAGCUAUCUCAGGAGAGAUAAAUUAUGGAUAUGCAUGGAGUAUUGUGGAGGAGGCUCCCUGCAGGAUAUCUACCACGUGACGGGGCCCCUGUCAGAAUCCCAAAUUGCCUACGUCACACGGGAAACCCUUCAGGGUUUGAACUACCUGCACAGCAAAGGCAAAAUGCACAGAGACAUCAAGGGGGCAAACAUACUGCUCACUGACAACGGUUACGUGAAACUCGCCGACUUUGGCGUCUCUGCUCAGAUCACCAUGACUCUGGCCAAGAGGAAGUCUUUCAUCGGCACUCCUUACUGGAUGGCUCCCGAAGUGGCUGCAGUGGAGAGGAAGGGGGGCUACAACCAGCUGUGUGACAUCUGGGCGGUGGGCAUCACAGCCAUCGAGCUGGCGGAGCUGCAGCCGCCCAUGUUUGACCUGCACCCCAUGAGGGCCUUGUUCAUGAUGACAAAAAGCAACUUCCAGCCCCCAAAGCUGAAAGACAAAAUGAAGUGGACAAGCAACUUCCACCAUUUUGUUAAACUGUCCCUGACAAAAAACCCAAAGAAGAGGCCCACGGCUGACAAGCUCUUGCAGCACCCCUUCGUCUCGCAGCCUCUCAGUCGGACCCUGGCCAUCGAGCUACUUGACAAGGCCAACAACCCCGACCACACUGCUGACCCAGACCCGGACGACGACGACGCCGAACCCGAGCCCCCGGUAUCCGUGCCUCUCCGGAUACCCUCAGCCAACAGGAGCGCCCGCGACGAAAAGACGCUGUCUGAGAUCAACUUUGACAAAGUGAAGUUCGACCCCCCCAUGAGGAAGGAGACAGAGCCUGACCAUAAGCCGGCCGACACUGAGGAAUUUUUGGACUGUGCUGAGGAACUAUACUACACCGCAAGACCGAAACUGGUCGGCUACGAAGUCGGGUCCCCAGGCGGCCGUUCCCUGGGUGGCAACAAGGGAAAUGAGGCUCCUGUAGAGGAGGAUGAUGGUGGCGAUGAUGAACCUCGACACUCCACCAUGAGACCCAAAGUACCCCCUCCACUGCCCCCCAAGCCCAAGUCUAUCCUCACGGCCCAGGACAGCCUGUCCGGGGAAGACGAGGGCGGCCACGAGACCAUCAAGCGCUGCCCGGACUCCGAGAGUCCCACGCGUCCCGUUUCCAACGUGCCCCCACGGCCGCCGCCCCCACGGCUCCCCUCGCAGAAGCGGGGCAGCCUGGGUAACGGGGUUAGUGCGUCUUCAGCUAACGGAGAACAGGGGAGCAGCAGGGAGGGAAAGCAGUCCACACUGCCCCCUACUGCCCCGUUGCGGAGAGACAAGAAGGACAUUCCGAGGCCCAUAAGUAAUGGUCUACCGCCAACUCCAAAGGUCCAUAUGGGUGCUUGUUUCUCAAAGGUCUUCAACGGCUGCCCGUUGAAAAUCCACUGUGCCACGUCCUGGAUAAAUCCUGACACACGAGACCAGUUUUUGUUGUUUGGUGCCGAAGAAGGCAUUUACAACCUGAACCUGAACGAGCUCCAUGAGACCUCCAUGGAGCAGCUCUUCUCACGGAGAUGUACGUGGCUCUACGUCAUGAACAACAUCCUGGUCUCCAUAUCUGGUAAAGCAUCCCAGAUCUACUGCCACAACCUGGUUGGCCUCUUUGAACACGCCCGUCAGAUGCAGAAGCUGCCCGUCGCCAUUCCCACGCACAAGCUGCCCGACAAAAUGAUCCCCAGGAAAUUUGCCGUGUCCAGCAAGAUUCCCGACACGAAGGGAUGUCAGAAGUGCUGCAUAGUGAGGAACCCAUACACGGGCCACAAGUACCUCUGUGGAGCCUUCCAUUAUGGGGCUGUCCUACUGGAGUGGGUGGAGUCUAUGCAGAGGUUCAUGCUAAUCAAGAUCAUCGACUUCCCACUACCCUGCCCCCUGGAGGUGUUUGAGAUGCUGGUGGUCCCCGAGCAUCAGUACCCGCUGGUCUGCAUGGCUGUCAGCAAGGGCGCCGAGCAGGGUCAGGUGGUGAACUUCCAUACCCUGAACCCUAACUCCACGUCGUCCUGGUUCACCAUGGUCGAUGCCCCGCAGUCCUGCGUGAUCCACAUCACCCAACUGGAGAGGGACACCAUUUUAGUCUGCCAAGACCGCUGCAUAAAAAUCGUGAACCUGCACGGGAAGCUCAAAUCCAGCAAGAAGCUGUCGGCGGAGCUGACGUUCAACUUCCAGAUCGAAGCCAUAGUGUGCCUCCAGGACAGUGUGUUGGCAUUCUGGAAGCAUGGAAUGCAAGGGCGGAGCUUCAAGUCUAGUGAGAUCACGCAAGAGAUAUGCGAUAAUACGAGGAUCUUCAGGCUCCUGGGGGCUGACAGGGUGGUGGUCCUUGAGAGCAGGCCAACAGACAACCCCACCGCCCACAGUAACCUCUACAUCCUAGCAGGUCACGAGAACAGUUACUAACGUACAAUGCAUUGUGGGAUUGGAGUACAGAAGGAUUGCCACUCUGUAUGGGAGGACGUAUGGACAGAUGAACAGACGCUGGCAUGCAUGAAUGGGGACACUGACGCCUGCCUUCCUUCAUUUUCAGUUUUACUUAAGUGGCAUGAAACACAGAUACAAUGGACUUAUUUGUAUGAAUGCGAGUGUUGCCACCAAUAUUGGUAUAUACCACCACACAAGUGCUUAACUGAUAUUUAAUUGUUGUAAAUAUACACCUAUUUUUUUUUUUUUUGGAGGAAGCAACCUUAUCUGAUUUUGAAAUUUUAAGUCAGGCAAUGUAGAUACUGGUGCAAAAUGUGUUGUACAAGUGACCAGACUGUACAGGUGUAAAGGUUUUGUUUCACGAUGCAGGUUAACUGGGGUACUGCUUUUUAAAGGGGGUUUUCUCUGUAGGUCACACAAAGAGGCACUUUACAGUUUUAUAGCAGUUGUUUUGAGUAGUCCACUCCCAAUAAUGAACUUUUUUCCUAGUUCUGUUAUUUGCUCAUUUUUAAUAUAAACUGAAUUUUUUCUAUACUUUCAAAAAUAAGCCAUUGCCCGUUUGUCUUAUUAAUUCUGGCAUACACUGAUGUUAAAAUUUGCACAAAAAUAUCAAAGGAUUUUGAAAGAUGUGAUUUGUGUAUAUACCCAUGUGUACACUCGUGCGUUUGGGUAUAUGCAAGUGAACAAACCCACCGAUCUACAUACAUGCAGUAUUUAUGUGCUGACAUGCGGAGACAGCAAAGAUGCAUUUAAAUAUCACUUGGAUUUCAAAGUGAACAGCAACUGCCGUAGUAAGUCUGUCCUCUUGAACUUUAACUCCGGCUAGUAUUUUGGCUAGUGUCAUUGUCGAAUAAUUUUAAUUUGUCUUAAUUAUAAUGAAUUUCUGUUUUUAUUUUAUGGUUCUCUCAGAAGCAUUUUAGUCUGAGCAAUUGCCUUUAAAAUACUCCUGAAAUGGAACAUUCCUUUUUGGUUCUGUAGCCUUAAGGUUUUAAGUUAUGCCAAAACGUGUCUUUCAGUUAUGGCCAAAAUGAGUUAGGUGUGCGUACCUCAUCCAUCUUACUUCUAACACAUGGUGACUAUGGGAUGUUGGUGGCAGAUACAAACUUAUAUCCUACUUCAUAGUAGUCAACAGAACACUAUAAAAUCACCUAGCUUGGAUUCAUUUCCAGAACUAAAAUGGGGGUUAUGAUUUUACAUAACUAGACUUUUUUUUUCUCCAUCCUGUUGUAGCAUUAAUAUUUUAAUAUUCCAAUGCUCUGUGUACAUACUGUAAAAUAAAAUUGGUCCAUUUUAAAUACUGUAUAAUGGCCUAUAUUUUUGUUUGAAAUGUAUAAUGGACUUAUUAAACAUGUUAACACAUUAAA